UCGGCCAAAUGACAGCAGCUUUCUCUUUCGAUCUCUCGGGGUUGCCUGCGUUCGAGCAUGGAGCCGGAGUUCGCGACUUACCUCUUCUGUCCGCUGUGCCAGGAGCUGCUCAACGAGCCCGUCUCAAUUCCGUGCGGACGCACUUUCUGCGAAGGCUGCCUCAGACAACUGUGGGAUGACAGCGAACGCAAAAACGAAAACUUCAGCUGCCCCACCUGCAAAGAAGUUUACAACCCCCGGCCGCACGUGUAUAAGAACGGCAUUGCCGCGGAGGCGAUCAAGUACUUGAAGAAGCGGCGCCUGAGCCGCCCUGGGGAGAAACUGGCGGGCCCCGAAGAUGUGGCGUGCGAUGUGUGCAGCGGCUUGAAGCGCAGAGCCGUCAGCUCGUGUCUCACCUGCCUGGCCUCGUACUGCGAGACGCAUAUCAAGCCGCACAGGACCGCCGAGGCUCUGCGGAGGCACGUGCUGGACAAACCGACCGCCAACCUGCCGUGGAAGCCGUGCGCGGAGCACUGCAGGCCGCUGGAGCUGUUCUGCCGGACCGACAACAAGUUCAUCUGCGCCGUGUGCUUGGUGCGCGGGCAUCAGGGGCACAGCGUGGAGAUGGCGGACGAGCAGGAUUCCCAAGGCGGCUCAAACGAGCACCCUGAUCAGAAUUCUCAGGAGACACACAACCUGCUUAACCAAGAGGCAAGUUCAUUUCCUUUUCAUGCAAGCCUAAUGAAGUUGUCAUCAUGUGCAUAG